AUGGCCGAGCCGGGGCCGGAGCCAGGGCGCGCCUGGCGAGUGUUCGCCCUGUGCGGGGCCGCUGUGUUCCUGGCAGCGGUGGCGGCUGGAGCAGCCCUGCUGGCCUGGAAUCUGGCCGCCUCGGCCUCCCGGAGGCCUCGCUGCCCAGAGCCAGGGGCCAACACCACCGCGCCGCCUGGAGACCUGGAGCCCGAGGUCGAGGAACUUCGGCGCCGGCUGGCAGAGGCUGCCCAGCGCGAGGAGGCCCUGACCAGGCAGUUGAACCAGGCCGAGGGUGUCCGACAGGAGCUGGAGGAGGCCCUAAGGGCCUGUGAGGGCCGCCAGAGUCGGCUUCAGACCCAACUGAUGACACUGAAGACUGAGAUGGACGAGGCCAAGGCUCAGGGGACCCAGAUGGGGGCAGAGAACGGGGCGCUGACAGAAGCCCUGGCGCGCUGGGAGGCGGCGGCCACGGAGUCUGCGCAGCGGCUGGACGCGGUGCAGCGGCGCGCGAGCGCGGCGGAGGCCGAGAGUGAAGCCUGCGCAGCCCGGGAGGCGACGCUGCGCGAGCACGUUUACGCCCUGGAAGCCCAGACGGGCCCCCAGCGCAGAGUGCCACACCCCCGGACCCGCUCCGGGUCCCGACCUCGGCCCAACCCCCGCUCGCGCUCUCGCCCGGGAACCUCCGGGGGUUGCAGGCGACCAGCGCGGCGCGCAAGGGGGUGAGUCAGACCCCAGCUGGAUCAGGGCUCGAGGCCAGGAGGACAGACACUGGGGGCCCUGCUGGGACACUUACAGAGGUACCCACGCUAGAUGAGAUGCUCAGUCGACACCCAUUCAACGCUCAGCUUUCGACCGACAGCCGUCCUGAACGGAAACUGUGCAGAAAGAAGACCCGACCCUCUCUCUUUGACCAUCUAGUGCUUAUUUUGCAGAUGGGGAAAUUAAGGUCCAUUUGGUCACAAGGUGAGAUAGUGCAGAGCUGGGACUUAAGUCCCCUCUAAGGACAAGGACAGUGUUGCCCUCAUCGCACAGACGUGAGGACUUAGGGUCCAGCCCUGACCUGGGAGUGACCUGAAGGGGUUACUUCUCCUCUCUGGUCCUCAGUUUACCUUGCCUGUAAGAUGAGUAAUUGGAAUGGUGAGAGCCAGCAUAUCCUUGACAUCAAAAGCUGACAAAAAUGGCACAAUAGGAAAACUACAGACCCCUCUCCCUAUGAAGAGGGUACAAAACUCCCAAAUGGAAUUUUAGCGAAGAACCAAGUAACACGUUUUUAAGAUACACCAUAACAAAGUGACUUAUGCCGGAGGUGCAGAGAUGGUUCAGUAUUUGGAAGUCUGGUAAUAAAAUUCGCCAUACUAAAUGGAUCAAAUGAGAAAAAUUCUGAAAAGGUCAUCAAAAUAGCAACAGUUGCAUGUAAAUGAGAUUAUACGGUAUUUGUCUUUCUCAGCCUGACUUAUUUCAGUUAACGUAAUACCCUCUAGGUCCAUCCAUGUCGUUGAAAUGGCAAGAUUUCUUUUUUUUUUUUUU